AUGAGUGCCCAAAAAGCUCCAAAGUGGUAUCCAUCUGAAGACGUUGCUACUGCCAAGAAGACCAGAAAGGCUUCUCGUCCACAAAAGUUACGUGCUUCUCUUGUCCCAGGUACAGUUUUGAUUUUAUUAGCAGGUCGUUUCAGAGGUAAGAGAGUUGUCUACUUGAAGCACUUGGAAGACAACACUUUGUUAGUCUCUGGUCCAUUCAAAGUCAAUGGUGUUCCAUUAAGAAGAGUUAACGCUCGUUACGUCAUUGCUACCUCUACCAACGUUUCUGUUGAAGGUGUCAAUGUCGAAAAAUUCAACGUUGAAUACUUUACUAAGGAAAAGUUAUCCAAGAAGGAAAAGAAGGAAGCUAACUUAUUCCCAGAACAACAAAAUAGAGAAGUUUCCGCUACCCGUGUCGAAGACCAAAAGUCUGUGGACAAAGCUUUGUUGGCUGAAAUCAAGAAGACACCAUUAUUAAAGCAAUAUUUGGCCUCUUCUUUCUCUUUGAAGAACGGUGACAAGCCACAUUUGUUGAAAUUUUAA